CAUAUUUAUCUCUCAGAAUCCAUGGGGGUAGAAGAACAUCAAUAAAAGGGGGCCAAAUUCCACCAGAAAGAGAGAAGAGUGAUCAAACUCACCCCAUUCUGGCAGUCGGAUUCUGCUUCUCUUCCUCUUCUUCUCGACUUUGAUGAACCAAUCCUGCACUGCACAAUGAAAGGCCUUAUCGUUGCAUGUCAUGGUUCCACCGAGACCCGGUAUCGAUCGGCCGGAGCAGACGAUGACACAGGCAAAAGAAAGCCUCCAAAGUACAAAGUUCUCAGGGAAGACAAGUACAAGUUCCUGUUUUCGGAGAGGAGCUCAAGCUGCAAGUUCGAGUCCUUGAAACUUGCCCUGUUCAUCAUUACGUGUUGCACGGUCUUAACGCUUGCUUUCUGUCCGAUGAUCCACAAAGAGCGAGUCUUGUCGCGUUCUGGUUCGAGGUCUCUGUUCGUGGACGUCGCGCGGAUGUGGCAAACGAUGCUCGCUGAUCCUCGAUACGUAUCAAAUUUGGAUGUUGUCUGGGACCAAAUACCGAGCUUUCUCAAAUAUGUAAAUGCCGACGGAGGAAGUCCCAGGAUCGGAUUGCUCAAUUUCAACUCCACCGAAGCUAGAUUAUGGAGGCAGACACUGCCACAAGCGGAGGUUUCCUCAGUUCAUCUGGACUAUGCUGAAACAAGCAUCACCUGGAAGGUUCUCUAUCCCGAGUGGAUCGACGAGCAAGAAGAAAACGAAGUGCCCGCUUGCCCAUCCCUCCCUGAGCCCGAGAUCGAGGAAGGAUCAAGAUUUGAUCUUGUCGCCGUCAAGCUACCUUGCGAUAGGUCCGGCAGCUGGUCCAGGGAUGUCGCCAGGUUACAUCUGCAGCUCGCAGCGGCCAAGAUCGCUGCAGCUUCUGCAGCAGGACACUCGCAGGUUCAUGUGCUCAUCGUUACCGACUGCAUGCCGUUCCCGAACCUGUUUACCUGCAAAAACCUUGUCCAGCACGAAGGAAAUCUUUGGCUGUACAAGCCCGAUUCAGCGACAUUGGAGGAGAAGCUUCGGCUUCCGAUCGGGUCAUGCGAGCUCGCGAUCCCCUUUGAAGCGAAAGUGCGGAUGUACACGGAGUUCGGACGACGAGAAGCUUACGUUACGAUCCUGCACUCGGCGAAACAGUACGUGUGUGGCGCCAUUGCAGCGGCCAGAAGCAUUCGUCUAGCGGGAUCAGCGAGGGACCUUGUGAUACUCGUCGACGAAGCCGUAAGCGAACAGGAUCGAAACGGCCUCGAGGCGGCCGGGUGGAAGGUGAGAGUGAUCGAGAGGAUCCGAAACCCCAAGGCGAAGCGCGACGCCUACAACGAGUGGAACUACAGCAAGUUUCGGCUGUGGCAGCUCACGGACUACGACAAGGUUAUAUUCAUCGACGCCGACCUGCUCGUGCUCAGGAACAUCGAUUUCCUCUUCGCCAUGCCGGAGAUCAGCGCGAUAGGGAACAACGGGAGCCUGUUCAACUCGGGCGUGAUGGUCAUCGAGCCCUCGAACUGCACGUUCCAGUUGCUGAUGGAUCACAUCGACGACAUCACCUCCUACAACGGCGGCGACCAGGGGUACCUGAACGAGAUCUUCACGUGGUGGCACCGCACCCCGAGGCACACCAACUUCCUGAAGCACUUCUGGGUCGGGGAUUCGGAGGAGAGGAAGAAGAAGAAGGACGGCACGUUCGGAGCUGAUCCCCCGGUGCUGUACGUGAUUCACUACCUGGGGCUGAAGCCGUGGCUGUGCUUCCGGGACUACGACUGCAACUGGAACUCGCAGAAGUUUUGGGGCUUCGCCAGCGACGCGGCGCACGCGACAUGGUGGAGAGUGCACGACACGUUGCCGGAAGACCUGCAGAACCUGUGUCUGCUGUCGACCAAGAGGAAGGCUUACUUGGAGUAUAACAGGAGGAAGGCCGAGAAGGCCAACUACCCCGACGGACAUUGGAGGCGGAACAUUACCGACCCAAGAUCGGAGAUAUGCUCUGAGGCGUUCUGCAACUGGGAGAGCAUGCUGUUGCACUGGGGCGAGAAGAGGCCGUCCAACAACAGCCAUGCAAGUGUGGGUGGCACUGCAGCUGUGCCUAGCUCAUGAAAUACUACCUUCACUUCGUUCUCUCUCGUGUGACUGUUGCUGAUAUUUGAUACACAGGAAGAUGAUUCAAUAAAUUUCAUGGGUGUAAGUUGUGACAGUCAUGUUCUUCUUGUCUCCAAUUCUCAUAAGUCUAUUAUAUAAAUGAUUUAAAGAAAAGGUGGAUUACUUUAA